AGACGAAAGGGGGAAGAAACAGUGCGGAAGGCGUGGGAGAACGUUUUACUCGCUUUCUCUCCCCAAUUUAAUCGGUUCUUCUCUUCUCCUUUCCUCUCCUCUUCGAUCAUUUCCUCUUCUCGACGCGCGUUGAUCCGAUCGACGCUUCGUCGCGCGCACAAAAGAGAUCGUCGAUUCGUCACCUGAUUUAUAUUUGUCGUUCGUUAAUCAAACCCACUCGGCACUUUGUUGACCUUAGUGGGUCAUGAAGAAGAGGAUAUGGAAUUGUCAAUUCUCGUCAUCACUUUCUACCAUGAGCAGAUAAGGUUUUGAGGCUUUGCAAUAUUGAUCCUGGGUUUUGGAUUUCUAUCCCUAUGAGAUUGUGAUGUACAGGCAACAGUGGUUCUAUUUGAAAAUAUAUUUGAUUGGGCCUUCAACUAUUAUGUCUAGAAAGGGAUUUAAGUCAGGGUUGCACUAUAGAAUCCCGUAGGUAUCUCGUCUAUCUUGACUCACAAACAUUUGGCAUAGAUGAGGUCAAUUGCAUCAAUGAUGAUAGUCAUGGAUCAUUACAAAAAUCAUGUGAUGCUGCUGCAAUAAAGAUGGUUUUGAGUAAUUCAGACCUUGGAUCUAUCUGAUUCUUCACAUGUAUAUGCUUGUAUAGCAUAGCUGGAGCCAAUGGCUAAGGAAAGCAUUAAACUUUCAGGUCUCUCUUAGCAUAUCUUUAGGUGAACUAAAUGAAUUGUCCUGGAUGAACUAAUUUUGGCUGGCUUGUAGGCCAUGACAGUGGAAUGGCAAUAAAUGUUGAGGUUCUUCUUGUAGUUGUCAUGAUUUAUACUUUCUUCUGUUCGACUGGUGUAAGAAUCAACAUACAAGAAUUAUUAACAGGGCAGUGGAAGGGCAUAACAAGACCAGGUGAACUUGAAGAAAUGGAGACUUGUCUUGUAAAAGAUGUCUUUUGGAGCCUAUAGCUAAUUGUUUAUAACUCAGAGUGCAACAGGCCAUCAUAAUAUUAUUAUGUAAUAUUGCAUAAAUCUUUUUUUUUGGGUGCUGCAAUCCAUUAGGAAGUAUCCUACUGAGCUAUCAUGUGAGCCACCACAUGAUGUCUGCUUGGACUUGCUUCAUAUAGAAGGCUGUUUUGUCUUCUUUGUUUAUGUAGAGGUGACAUACUGUACAAUGUAAAUGAGGUUUGUUACAGAAGUAUACUGAUAGAAGUUUGAAAUUUAAAUCUGCACAGUAGUAAUGUUCUUGGCAUGUUAUUUAAAUGAUCUUGAAAAUGGAUCUUCAAGGUAUUUCACACUUCCCAUGGUUCUGCCAGACAGCAUAGUCAAUAAUCAUAAUCUAGUCAGCCUUCAAAAUAGAGUAGCUGCUAAGACUCUUCUUUUUUUUUAUUAGCUGGACAUUUAUUAGAGCAUUAUCCUGCUAUUGUUCACAGCAAGUGUGGUGAUGAGGCCUAUCAAAGUACACAGUAUAUACUGACAUCAUUUAUGGGGAGUGUUAUCUUGAACGAAACUCAUGUUGAGAACUCAUAUUUGUUGUCUGCUGACCAUUUCUGUUUUAUUCUUUCCAAGUUCCAAACAUUGACGGUCAUUCCAACUUUGUAUGCAUGGUAUGCACUGCUGUUGUUUGAUUUAGUGAAGUUUAUCAUCAAAGAAACUCUUUGUCAAGAACUUAUGUCCUUUCUAGUCACCAUAUUUUAUUCUUCCCAAGUUCCAACAUUCACAAUGACAUUCCACCUAUAUAUAAAAUGUAUAUUAGACAGGUAAGUAUGAUUCAGUUACCAAGAACCUGUAUUUGAAGUUACAUUGUAAAGUAACACUAUCAUUCAUGAAUGAUAAUUACAUAUGUUUAUAGAAUCAACAUAAACAUAAACACUCUUAAAGUGACUUACUCCAUCCAGAUAACUAAUUUUAUCAUAUUUUUAUCUAACACUUCAAGCAGGACCAUAGAUACUAUGUAUGUGUAGUUUGUUACAUGACCUGGAGAAACUCUCAUAGGAUAAACAUAAUUAGACACAGCAAUAUUGAAACAAAAAUGUAAUAGUCACACAUAACUGAAACAGAAAUUUAUGUAUGGAAUAUUGGGUCGGAUAAUUUCAUAAAGGAUAAUUACAUAUGUUUAUAUGUGCACUCAUAAAAAUAACUAAUUCUAUCUAAACCACAGCCAUAGGAUAAUGACCUAUUUGAACAUCAUUGAUUCCUAACCAUUCGUAGAUAUCGUCACUCUUAACCUUAAAUAACAUCACGGAACAAAAAAGGGCAGGGCAUAAAGUGGAAGCUUUAUAAGAGAGGCAUUCCAGAAGUGUAAUGAAGGAUUAAGGGGAAGGAAAAUCUAGAGAGGUAGAUGGAAAAAAGGUUUGAUGUCUGUCAUCUACCCACUAUAUUCACUAUAUUAUGCUGCUACCCAAUGAAAAGAUAGUCGUAUCUGGUUGUUGUUUGUCAUAGCUAUAUUCUCCACUAUUUCUUGUAGGAUGGAUGUGAAGGAUGAAUUAGAUUUGCCUGCCUUUUAGUAGUUACAGGAGGGAUGUACUUGUACUGGUUAAAUAAAUAUUUACAUAGUGGUUUCGCCUAAGCCUAUCAGAAUCCAAAUCAUAUACAGCAGCAUAGUUGAUUCCAUCAAUUAAUGAUACUGCAUAUAUGCCUAUGCAAUGUGAUGAAACCAUGCUGACGAGCAGACGCUUGUGUCUCUGCACCAACUGUAGACCACUUCUUUUAAUAUGAACUAUUUAAACAUUGACUAUGAACCUAUCAUUUUAUUUCUAGGCACACUUAUGAGAAAUGAUUAAGAUUUAUGAUUAAACGCAUUGAUUAUUUCUAGAAUGACAGGAUGCAUAUCAUUCACCCACACAUUCAAGCUAAUAUUGUUAAGUUAUAUAGGAGGAGAGAAGACUAUUUUUGAGCAACAAAACAGAUAACACAUAAAACAAAAAGCAAGUUCAGAGGUUGAUGGUUACGCCACAAUGAAGUUAUGUUUAUUCAGUUUCUGGUCAGUUAUUUUCAUUGAGGUAUGUAUUCUAUGAUCCUAGUUCUACACCAAAGUAGUGCUACAAAAAUGCUUUUUUAUGUAGAUAAAACUUAUCAUAAUGAUAAACCAAUAGCCAAUGCAUCUAGAACUGGGACCUCAACAACAUAUCAUGCUGCUUGGUAUUUGUUUUAUUAGAUAUAGGAUGUACCAGUGCAUGGUCCAGGAUCCUUGAAUGGAAAAAUGAUCAAAUAAAUUUUCUUCAUGGAUAUGCUGUAAUGUUAUGGAAUUGUCAAAUUGAUCUACGAUUACGUCAUGUCAGAUAUUUGUGAGUACUCAACACAAUGAUAUUUGCAGUACAAAAUUACUUUACAGGUCUUUUGAUAAUUUCUCUAUGAUACAGACUUGCAGGUGGUUCAGGGUAUGCAUCAACUGAUUUCUUUCAGGUUCUUUUGUAAUUUGUGAUAAGGACAUUUAGGGUCCAAUUACUUGGAUGAAAUAUGUGAGGGAAAAUAUCACAAAAUUACAUAGGGAUUCUCUAUUAUUUAUUUAUAUUUUGUGAUCUUUUCCCUCUUUUCUCUCAUAUAUUCCAUCCAAAGAAUCGAAUCCUUAGUCCUGCAAGGUAGACUGCACUGCAUGUGUACCAGUUGUGACAAUUGCAUUAGUAGUCCAAAAUAGAGCAUUGAUCAUAGCUUUAAUUUAUUCACUUUUAUUGGCCUAGUUUUUUUAAUAUUAAAUAUUGGUUUAAAAUACUCUAGCUCUUCCAGAAUUUAGAGGUUUUCUCCUUGAGGUAGGCUGAGUAUAAGAAAUCAUCCAGAUGCAAAAUAGCUAUAAGCACAAAGGUAGUAUGGACCAGAGGCACUCAAGUCAUCCAAGUCACAUGUACAAAACGGAUCGUGAGAGGAUGCAGAAUCAUCAGCAGCAUGAUCAUCAGUUGAACUUGGGAAAUUCUUCUAUGUUUCCAGUGGAAAAUACUGGAACCAAUGGAGUGAACCUGGUCACUCAUUUCAACCCUCAUUUGGGGCCAUAUAACCAUCAAUCUGGCAAUUUUCAUUGUCAGGUUCCAGCGAAUGUGCCAGCUAAUGCAGAAACAUCUUAUGAUGAAUAUACACAUUUUCCUUAUGGUGGAAUCAUUAGUCAACAUCCACAACAUACUAUGCAGCAUGGAUUUUUGCAUAACCAAUAUGCAAUGGGGGAUAUUAGGAGGAAUGCCAAUCCAGUCAUUCAAAUGGAGUAUGAACGAGCACCUUAUAAAAGAAAAGAUCCCGCAAACUUCAUGUUUCCUCAAAGGGAAAACAGAAACAAAUAUUACCAUGCUGGAAGUUCUUCCAAUGCAACAACUUCAACUGAAAUUUCACAGGCAAAACCUACUUAUGAUUCACAGCGCUGGCCUUGUGAUCCUGCUAGCUUUAUUCAUAGUUGUAGUAGUCAUGAUUCAUCAAAUUCUAGGAAUGCUUCUCAGAGAAACGUUAGGAGUCGGUAUGAUACAACUAUUCACUUGGAGAACAUCUCAUCUGGAAUCAGAUCAAGUACCAACUUAUCUCAUCAAGUUCAAUCAAUUACAAUUACUCCAAAUGCCAACAUGGGAGGCCAGUGGAAUCAUGACAUAUUUAUAAAUCCUAAUACGAGGUCCUCUUCUUCAGAAACUAGCUCCUUCAAUCAUGAUAUCAACCAUAGUUUUGUUGCAAACUGUGGCACCACUAACAAUAUGGACAUUAGUGGAGGCUACCGCUCCAUUCUGCCGAUGCAGUAUGGUGACUCAUCACGAGGUAGGAUGGUGUCUCUAAGUAUCCAUGAUCAGCGAACAGCUCACGGAGUGAAUCCUAGCUACAUGGCCAUGGAUUUAGCAAUAACACAAGAUUCCAGAUUGCAGAGAGUGGAAUCUGCUGUGCGCGCCAUGCGUCCAACUGCAUUGUCACUAGUUCAUCGGAAUAAUGGGAGAUAUGGAAGAACAAGUCGUUCUAACAGAGUCCUUUCAUUCUUGGACGAGGAUGCUUCUCGUAUUAGUCAGAUGGCCGAGGGAGUAGCUGUGAUGGAUCACUCUGCCUUUUACCAUCCAAUGCAUUUUAUUGAUCAACACCGAGGUAUGCGACUGGACAUAGACAACAUGAGCUAUGAGGAAUUGCUUGCUUUGGAGGAGAGAAUAGGCUAUGUGAGUGUUGGUUUAUCUGUAGAUGCCAUCAGAAGUUGCUUGAGGGAGACACUUUUCUGCUCGGAUCAGACUGAAGAUGACCAUGAAGAAGAUGGCUGCCCAAUAUGCCUGGAAGAAUAUAAAGAUCGCGAAACUCUUGGGCAAUUGAACUGCAAACACAUUUUCCAUUCCAGUUGUGUAAAGAAGUGGCUGCUGAUCAAGAACAUCUGCCCGAUCUGCAAAGCCUCUGCUCUGGAAGACGCUUCAAAGGAAAAAUAGAAAUAAACAAUCACACACGAAAGGCCUUGAACAAUCGCACACAAAGUCUUCAUGUCGUCACAAUAACUUGUAAAUAUAUCGUGUUGUACUUGCAGCAGCUUCUAAUGAAGCAUUCAUUCAGUGUAGGAACAUACUAGUCUCCGUCACAGGGAAUUCUUGAAAUUGUUUUCUGAUUCAAAAGCUACAAGAACCAUGUAUUGCUCCUCUUUCUCCGGAGAUGUGGAGUGUAAACAAUAGGGCUAUGAUGAUGUCAGAAUUUCAUAA